AGGUAGGUAAAGUGGAAUGGGUGGGUAAAGCGGAAUAAGCUUAAAAUUUAAUUUCAAAAUUGGCGGUUUUUGUUGUAACUCCUACCACAAUAUACCUUUUGACAUUUGGCAAUAUUUACUUCAAUAUGGCGCACUUUCAUUGAUAUGUUCAUGUGAGUUAAACAAGAUCAUUGUUUUUUAACAAAAAGUUGUAAUAUUUGGUGACUAAGACGAAAUUUCUUAUCAGCAACAGCAUGCCUAAUUUUUACAAACGAAAGACUUCGCAGCAGAGUUGGGACGAGAAGGCAAUGGCUGAGGCUCUAACUGCAUGUCAAGGUGGUUUAUCAAUUCAUUCUUCUGCAAAACAAUAUAACAUUCCAUCGACAACUCUUUUUAGAAGAUUAAAGCGACCACCAGAAGAACGUUUAGUGAAGCAACUUGGACGAUUCCGUUGCGUGUUCACGGUAGAUCAAGAGAGGAUGUUGGUAGACUAUAUUCUUAAAAUGGAAGAACGCCUGUUUGGGCUAACUAUUUCUGACUUAAAAUAUCUUACCUACGAGUUUGCCAUACGAAAUAACAUUGAACAUAGAUUCAAUAAUGAGAAGAAAGAAGCUGGUAAAGUAUGGUUGCUUGGUUUCAUGAAACGGCACCCAGUUCUUUCACUUCGACUUCCAGAAAAAACGUCAGCAGCGCGAGCGUCAGCAUUUAACGCAGUUAGUGUCGGAAAGUUCUUUGAUUUAUUGGAAGACUUAUACCAAAAACACAACUACAAACCUAACCGCAUCUAUAAUUGUGACGAAACCGGAAUCUCUACCGUGCCAAAUAAGCCUUCAAAGAUUAUUUCAAAAAAGGGGAAAAAGCAAGUAGGAGUUUUAUCAUCAGCUGAAAGAGGUACGCUUACAACUGCAGAAAUUUGCUUCAACGCUGCAGGGGAAUACAUCCCUCCUGCUCUUAUUUUUCCACGGGUGAGACAUCACUUGACAUUCGACAUUGGAGUUCCUCUGAAUACCAAAAUUUUCACGCAUGCUUCUGGAUGGAUGCAGACCGAAAUCUUUACGGCUUGGUUUCACCAUUUUAUUAAAUUUGCGAAGCCUACCUCCGAGGACAGGGUUUUACUAAUUUUAGAUGGCCAUUCAACCCACAUAAAAAACAUUGAAGUCUUAGAGCUUGCUAAGAAAAACUUUGUAGACAUCCUGGUGCUACCACCACAUUGCACACAUCGACUUCAGCCACUGGACGUAUCAUUUAUGUAUCCCAUGUCGACCUUCUAUGAACAGGCAGUGCGAGUUUGGCUGCGAACCCACCCGGGGAAAGUUGUGACGAUUCAUGAUGUCGGUCCUCUCUUCGGAGAAGCUUACUUGAAGGCAGCUAGUAUGGCAACAGCUAUCUCAGGAUUUAAGAAGACGGGUAUUUGGCCGUUUGAGAGACCUGAUCCAAACGUUUUCGUGGCUGCAGAUACAACUGAUCGUCCUAGGCCUCUACUCGCUACAUCUAACCUGCCAUGAGCGUCCACUCCAGUGUCAAAUGACAUUCUCCUCCAUAAGACUAUUGUUAGUCCUGCGGAUAUUUUACCUAUCCCACGGGUCGCUUCAAAUAUCGAAAAUCCAACGAAGAAAAGGGCUCGAUUAGGAAAAACUGUAGU